AGUUGAUUCAUUGACAAAAUACUGGAAGAACGUCAUGGCUACUUCCCAGUCUAUUGGGCAGUUCACACUGUAGGCUUUAAACAGGGCCUCGAGAGUCAAAUGGCAGUGGUCAGUAGCACCUUGAGACUGAGGAUGAUGGGCAAAGAACAUUAUCUGUUUGAGCCUGACACCCAUAGGUUGCAAACCUGCACAUGCAAUUGGACCCCACCAACACACUGAAUAUUAUGUUAAAUCACAGAAGGUACAUUUAGAUAUAGAUAAAGAAAACCCUAAUAAUUACAAGAGGUGUAUGAUAUGAUUGUUGUAUUAUCUGUCUGCUCCCUGUGUACUCUGUACCAUAGUGAGGUAUCAGUGGAGCACCACAUGGCCUGGGUAAAUCAAUAACCCAAACACAGUCAUGUGAUACUGACUUCAUAAGCUGCUCAUUUACUAGAAGCAAUAUCUGAAUUGCUUUAUAGUGCAGCCUUUGCUCUGUACAAAUACCUGCCCUUCACAAUUUUAAUCGCUAGCCAUUCAACCUACAGUAAUAUGAGAGGCAAGAUGAAUUUGGAGGAGUACUUCAAAAGGAUUGGCUUCCAUGGUUCAUAUGAUAAGCCCGAUCUUGCAACACUGCAAUUGAUCCACAAACAGCAUGUCAUGUCAAUUCCAUUUGAAAACCUCAGCAUUCACUGUGGUGAGAGGAACAUCAUGGACCUUGAUGCCAUUUUCAAUAAGAUAGUGAGGAGCAACCGUGGGGGCUGGUGUUUUGAGAACAACUCCCUGUUCGGCUGGGUUCUGAGAGAAAUGGGAUAUAAUACUACAACAUUGGGCUCCAGAGUUUUCAGCAGCAUCAUCAAUGACUUUGGCCUUCGUGAAUCUCAUCUCAUCCACAAGAUCAUCAUUGAUGGAAAAGCUUACAUAGCAGAUGUAAGCUUUGGGGUGUCUUGUCAAAUAUUGGAGCCUCUGGAGCUCAUCUCUGGAAAGGACCAACCUCAGGCAGCAGGUGUCUUUCGUCUGAUAGACCAGGAGGGUGUCUGGGUGCUGGAGAAGACUGGUAGAAAGCCAGAGGUUCUCAAUCCAGACUUUGCCACAUCAAGUCUGGUGAACAAGAAGGAAACAUUUCCGAUCUACUGCUUCACCGUAAAGCCCAGACAAGCAGAAGAUUUCUUUGAGAUAAACCACAUACUUCAGACAGAUCCUAGUUCACUGUUCAUCUGUAAGUCCAUCUGCUCUUUGCAGACACCUGCAGGCUUCAGAGUACUUGUUGGCUGGACCUACAGUGAGGUCACCUUCAAACCUGAGGAGGGUGUAGAUGUCUUCGACAUGAGGAACAUAACAGAUGAUGAGAUGGAGCAAAUUCUGCAGGGAAAGUUCAGUGUGAAGCUGCAGAACAAACUGCAGCCUGUAAAUAAAAAAGCAGACUACUCAAUCUGAAAAACAAUGUUGAAUGUUGCCAUAACAUGUGUUGAUUUUUUUUUUUUUUUGAUUGACCAGGUAGAGCAACUUGUUGAAGAGAUGCCUUUUUAGAACAUUAAUCAUGCUUUCAAUCAUUUUUGUUGUUGUUGUAAUAUAUAAUGAUGCAAUGAGAAGUAAAAAAAGGACAAUGAAAAGCUGUAAGGAUGUAAGGAAGUUUAGUGAAUAAUCAUCUGUUUUAGAAAUUAACUAUGCUUUGAACUUUUUGUACCAUGUUAAUAAUGACAGUUUAUAAGGAAUGAAUGUGAAAAUCAACAGUUUGCCAAACUCCAGAGUCCAAAGUUGUGUAGUAAUCAUCACACUUAAACCAAGCAUCCCUCAUAACAUAAAAGUGUGCAGAAAAUGAAAGAAAACUAGGAUGUAGAAGUCUGAAACAAAGCAUUAUGGACAGGUGAGUCUGUACCCAAUGAAUAAAUCAUACAUGAAUGAUAUAAAUCAAUAAAUCAUAUAUUGCAUUUGAAACUGAAAAGUAUAGGUGAAAUGACAAUAAAUAUCCAUGAAUUCUUGAA